CCCUGGAGCUUGAUUGUCAAUUGCUUUUAAUUGGGCCUUGUGGGAACACAUUCAUUCAUAUAAAAAAGCAAAUACAAGUCUAAGACUUAUAGGAAAGAACCUGCUCGUUUUGGAGUAACGCUUUUUUUGAUGGUGUGACUUCAAACUUGGCGUGACGAUUCGUUUCAAUGGCUUACUAAUGCGUACCUGGAGGGCUAAAACCUUUUCGAUAACUCUCUGAGCAAACAUUUGAACAACAGCGUCUGCCAACAACUGAACGAAAAUGGCUCCAUCAGUGGACGAGGUAGAGAAAAACUCGUUCGAAAUCGAGUGGUUGGAAACUUGCCGACAAAAAGUGGUUUUACCCAAUUCAAAGUGUGAAGAUUUUUGUAUCCAAGUCAACGAGCGACUACGGAAACGAAUUAGAGGAGAAUUCGACAAUGAAAUCAAGCAACAAGCUAUGUUCCAAUUGCUCGGAAAAGAUUACGUGCGAGUCAAUUUCCCGCGUCAAAAGUUCAAGCCCCAGUUGUUGGAUCCUCCCAAAACGAAACCUGACUUGAAAGAAAUGUACUUGAAGGAGAUGAGGGAACUCCUCGAAGAGAAUGCGCUUAAAAGCAUCAAGGAUCUGGAUUAUCCCAAGGAAUUGGGAGAUUACGAAGGCGAAGACCCUUUGGGCGAGUUUGCCAAUGAGAUCCGGUUGGUUUUCAAGGAGAGUUUGGAGCAACAAAUACAGGAACAAUCUGAAAGUGCCAAGAAAGAAGAAAUUGAAGAAGACGUUGAAGAAGCGAACAAUGAUCAAGAAAAAAGGGUCAAGAAUGAGGAUAAAAUUACAAGGGGCGAGAUUGGUAACGAGAUAACUGGAGGGGCUCUCAUGUCGUUAAUGUCUCAGGUCAGGGAAUUUGAUGCCAAAGAAGCUUAUGUGGAACCGUUCAGGUCCCAAAACAUCAUGCUUCCUGGAAAGUUGAGGGAAAUGUUUUGGAUUGAUUCGAUUUAUUACGGAGAAUUCAAGGCGGUUGAUGAUCAAAAAGACAAGAAACGAGGCCGAGAUAAAGGGAAAAAAACAAAGGGAGAGCAAUUGAAGAUCGGCGAGAUUCGAAAGCAGUUCCGAAGCGAUGUGAACAAAAAAAUGAACCUGGGAAAUUUGCAACGAGCUGUUCAGAGCUCGGACUACAAGAAGAUCUACAGUGUUAUCAUUGAUAGCUAUCACACGACUAAGGUGGUGCAGCCAUUUGCAGAGGACGAAUUCAUGUUACAAAAUGCUCAUGUACUCAAUGUCUGCAAUGUUUUGAAUAAGACUUACAGCAACAGUCACAUCUUCCUCUUGCAUGCCCUCCACGUGGCCUUUCCUCGAAAAGACGAUGAAAAGGAAGAAAAGACGAUUUGCCGGUUGGCUUCUGACCUUCAUUUGCUUAUUCAAAAGUGCGUACCCAGGUGGUCUGAGGUGUUCAGAAUUGCAGAUGAUGUGUUGAGGACUCUCACCAAAGAGGAUGACGAAUAUGCCAAACACUUACAAAGGGCGUUGGAGAAGCAAGUUCGUCAAGUGGACGUGUACGAUUUUGCUUAUGAAAUCCUCCACGAGGACACUAAAAAAUCCGUCAAGAUCUGGAAUGACUUGUAUAAAAAGAAGAAGGAUAGCAAAAACAAGGACUGGAACUUAUUUGCAGAUGUUGCAGUUUACUUGAGAAAAUGGAUAUCAGAAGCGUUUGCAGGGAUUUUGAGCCAAAACAACCUCUUUUAUGUAUGGGAUUUAUUGUUCUUGAACAGAUGGAGUCGUGACAUCUUCAAGAAAAUAACUCUGGCUAUAUUGAUCCUUAUCAAACCUUGGGCCAUGCGAGCUGACAAUCACAAGAGGUUAAGCAAGGUCUUACUCGAGGAACCUGGAAAAAUCUUCAUCGGUGACCUCAAAGAGGCCAUGAGCAUCCUUUCAAAAGACCUUCCAAUCAAUCAGAUCAUGAACAAUAAUAUUGUGCUUGUGGCACAAUCCGAAGCUCAACCACAGGAUAAUGGACUGGAAAAGGGAGAAGAAGAAGAGACCCUUGGAGAAGACCAAGAACCAGAAGGAGAGAAAGUAGAAGCCGUUGAAGAAAUUGAAGAUGGUGAACAGGGUUCCCCAGUGGAAGAACCCGACAUUUCCAAAGAUGAUGGCAACGAAGAAACCCCAGAAGAAAUUGAGGAAGGUGCAACCACUGAAGAACCAAGUUCGGUAGGUGAGGAUCUUCCCUUUGACGAAGUUGAAGAGCCACCAGAAGAACCAGCUGAUGAAGUUCCCUCUGAAAAGCCCCCAGAGGAGAAGAAAAAGGCCAAAAAGCCGAAACCCUUAACGAUGGCUGAAUACAUGAAAAAGAAACGAGUUCCUGGCUCGGCCGCCUCUACAUCAAAAUUGGCAUCGGCUGUUGAUACUGCUACAGACGCUCUCACAGAGGACAACAACUAAACGAAACGGAAGCAUAUCGCCUUCUCGAACUCUGGCUUGUUGCAGAUUUAUGUUGUAAGUGGUAAAAUCUUACAUGAACCUCUCGAUCAAGUUGCAUGAUGUUGGCAGUUGAGAAUACGAAUCGGCGAAUGUGCAACCUAAAAUCACGCAACUUCAUUGCAAGGUUUGGGUUGGAUUGUACUAUUUAUUCAAUAAAUUUCCAUCAAGCUAGAGCUUGACAAGUCAAUACACAACACUCAUGUUCCACUAGCCCGCUCUCUUCGAUGACAUUUCCACACCAAACAGACAAACCCGGGAACUCGAAGCCUGUUAGUGGAGCUCUUCUUUCCGAUCGUCAAUAUCUUUACAAAUAUUGCCAAAUACAAAAACACCAUACAUUAAACACAAAAAUGAAAUAUUCUAAACAUACACACUUAUCAAAUAUUGUAUGAUCAU